CCAUUAUCGGUCACCCGAGACCUCGCAAACUCUCGCUCUCGCACCAGCCGGCCGUCAUUCCCCACCUCCUCGCCGCCGACGCCACCGCGCCGCCGCGGCGCCAUGCUCCAGUUACGUAGCCGCAUCCUCGCUCAUCUCUUCCAUUCUCCAGCCAACUCUCCCGUAUCCCACCUCCGUCGCCUCAUCUCCGCGGCCGUUUCCUCAAACCCUAGUAGCUUCGCCGUGGAGGACUACCUAGUCGCCGCCUGCGGCCUCACCCGACCACAGGCCGUCAAGGCCUCCGCCAAGCUCUCCCACCUCAAGUCCCCCGCCAAUCCCGACGCCGUGCUCGCCUUCCUCGCCGGCAUCGGCCUAUCCGGCGCCGACGCCGCCGCCCUCGUCGCCAAGGACCCCAAGUUACUCUGCGCCGGCGUGGAGAGAACCCUGGCGCCCGUCGUCGUCGGGCUCGCUGGCCUCGGCUUAUCGCGUCCCGACAUACGUGCGCCUCGCCCCGCUCGCGCUCGACAAAUUCCGCAAGAAAUCCAUCGUCCCCAAGCUGCAGUACUACCUGGGCGUCUUCGGGCUCCUCCCACACCUUCUUCCGGGUGAUGAAAUGCUGCAAUGUCCUCUCGCACAGCCUCGAGAGGGUGGUCAAGCCUAAUGUCGCGUACCUGCGAGAGUGUGGGUUACGAGAUUGCGAUAUUGCCAAGCUGUGCGUCCGAAGACUGAGGUUGAUCACCGCCAACCUACAGUGUCUCCAGGCGAUGGUGGGAUGCGCUGAAAACAUAGGUAUACCCCGUCACACUGGGAUGUUCAAGCACGCGCUGCAUUGUGUUGCAUUUCUCAGCGAGGAGGAGAUCGCAGCCAGGGUGGAGCACUUGAAGAACACGUUCAGGUGGACGGAUGCUGAGGUGGGCAUGGCUGUGUCUAGGGCUCCAAUGGUGCUGAACAGGACUAAGGAAUCGCUGCAGCGCAGUUCCGAGUUCCGAAUCUCUGAAGUGGGGCUGGAGCCGGCGUACAUUGCUCAGCGGCCGUUUAUUUUCUGUUUCAGCCUAGAGGGCCGGCUGAAACCCCGGUACUACGUUGUAAAGUUUCUCAAGGCAAAUGGAUUGCUCAAGCGUGAUCCGAGCUACAGUGCUGUUCUCAAGGAGACCGAGAAGGCAUUCAGGAAGAAGUUCAUAUGCCAUCACAAGGAAGCCGCACAGCACCUCAAAGAAGACUAUGAUGCUGCUUGUAAAGGGGAAGUGCUGUCUAAUUUCAGAUUCGCAUGAGCCAAGAAUGGGCUAUGAUGUAAUUGUGUGCUGGCUGUCCGCUGUUGUAUGAAUGUUAGAUGCUGGGUUGGUCGUUGCUAACGUGUGAUGGAAUUGAUAAUUUGAUCCAUGAAUACUGGUAUGUAAUGCUAUCACUCGGCAGAGAAGAAAGGAUGGAUCGGUUAUGAA